UUAAUGCAACCUCCCUGCGAUGUUUUGAGCAUUUAAUGCAACCCAAGCAUAUUAUUUGGUAGGGUCCACUUGAGCGUUGGAUCUACCUCAUUUUCGUUCACAUGACUUAAAAUGAUGUGAGAGUAGGUAUGGACGGCGUGGAUUAGCAGAUACAUCACGGUGGGCCGGCCCACGUAACUGCCCGUUCGUGGCUAAAGACGGGCGGGGGUAGGACGCAAUCCGCGUCCCCGCCAAACCGUGUCCGGACGGACGGUGUGGAUUUAUCGCAAACAUCCCUAGUCGCAGGAAGGGGGUCGCAAGCAAUCGCGACCGGCAGGAAAUCCGCGUCCCCUUUAUUAGAAUCUGCACAGACAUUUCAAUGGCUGCCGUCGUUCUGAUUCUUGAUUGGCCCGUUGCAGAUCCCAGGUUCGAGACCCGACGGAUUAGGCCCUCGAAUCUCCCGUAGUAUCCGGGCAAUCUUCGGACUGCAUUUUCUCAGUCGACGGUGGCGGAGCGCUUCAACGGGGGAAUGUAAGAGCCUGCAGAAAUGGCCCUUAUCGAUGAGAAGAAUGUCCUGGAGGCCGCGUUACAGAACCUGUGCGACCUUUUCGUUGCCAAGGUGAUGAAUGCCGACUCCAACGCCAGAGACGUGAUGAUCGACAAGGAGAGCUCCAGGCAAUUCUCCAAGUACGUGACCGAUAUAAACAUCCUACUCAAAUCGCUGCAUGCCCAGAGGGUCGAGGACCGGAUCGGGCAGGGACCCGCAAAGGCCACGUUGCAGAAACUGGAUUCUCAGGUUAGAGAAGCAUGCGAGAUCAUUAAAAGGUGCGAGUCCGGGAGCAGUCUCAGCCUCUUGCUGAACCCUGGUGAUGUGCUCGCGCAGAUGCGGCGCACGGCCAAUGAGAUCGCCGAGACGGUCUCACUCCUCGGCGUAUCCAAUCUCAAUACAACCCUCGAAGUGAAAUCCAAGACUGACCGGAUUCUCAACGAUCUGCAGUCAUUGGAGUUCAGGUCUGCAGCCACUGCCGAAGCAAUCAUCUCGGAAAUUGAGAAAACAAUGACCAAGAGCGGCAGUAGCCAGGCCCUCAACAUCCAGCUCCUGCAGAAGAUUGCGGAAGCAGUUGGAGCGAGGCAGAAUGCUUCACCAAAACAGAGGGAACCGGAUCUGCUAAAGGAAGAUAUGAAGCCUCAGAAGCAGGGUGAGGAGCUUCAGCUGUCUCAACUGAUGCAGUUCUUGCACAGCUCGGAAGUGGAGCCGUGCCUGCCAGACGAGCGGUUCACCGCAUAUCAGCAACACCCAAUGCGCUCAAGCCCACGAAAUGAUCCGACCACUUCAUAUGGUCAAGACCCAACUAGCCACAAGGAACAAUAUGAGCGAAAUGCUACAAACAAUAAAGGCCCACUUCCCCCAGACAAGCAACACCCAAUUCACCAAUGUGCACGAGACGAGGGAACUGCUACAAACAGGCAAGAUCCAGUUCACCUGGGCACGCAAGUUGAGCCUACGGCUACAAUCAAGCAAGAGCCCGUUCAUCAGGGCACACGAGAUGAGCUUACUGCUACAAACAGGCAAGACCCAGUUGUUCGCCCAGGCGCACAAGACGAGCCGACCACUACAAACAGGCAAGACCGAGUUCGCCAAGGUGCACAAGAUGAGCAGAGCACUACAAACAGGCAAGACGCAGUUCGCACGCAAGAUGAGCUUACAGCUGCGAAUGGGCAGGACCCAAAUCACCCUGACCGACAAGAUUCUCGAACCAGCACAAACCGACAUGACCCAAUCCGCCCGCUCAUGUGCCAGUUAUGCGAGGAGGUGAUGGAGGAUCCAGUGGCCAUCGUCUGCGGACAUAGCUUUGAGAGAAGGGCAAUUCAGGAGCAUUUUGAAAGAGGGGGGAGAUCCUGCCCAACGUGCGAACAGGAGCUCCCUUCUAGGGUGCUAACGCCAAACAUCUCUCUACGCAGAUCAAUAGAGGAGUGGAAGCUAAAGAAUCUGGACUCAAAGCUACAGACUGCAGUAUCUGCUCUCACCUCCAACGACACACAAGCUACGAAUCAAGGCUUAGAGGAGCUGCAAUUUCUGAUGGCAAUGGCCCGCUGCAGAUCGGAAGUUACAGAAAGAGGACUCGUUCCUAAGAUUGUAGAGUCGAUCAAAGCCAGUGGGAGCGGAAACAGCAAGGCAGCUCUUAAAUGCCUCUGCUACCUUGCCAAUCACAGCGACGAUAACAAGGAAGCCAUUGUCGGAGCUGGAGCCAUCCGUUGCAUUGUAAAGCAGAUCGGCAGGGGCGAAGUGGAACCUGAUGCCGUAAGGCUCUUACAAGCGCUGUCAGAGAAAGAAGAGCUCAUCCAGGAAAUAGGUAAUGCCAAAGACAGCAUUGCUUUCUUGGUCACUCUGCUUCAAAAUCCCAAACCUGACAUAUCCAGUAGAUCCCGGCUGGUGCUGGAGAACCUUUCAUCCAACGCCCAUUUCAUCAUCAAGAUGGCCGAAGCCGGCCACUUCCAACCGUUCAUCGAUCACUUCAACCAAGGUUCUCUCGAGACCCAAACUUCAAUGGCCACAGCCCUCACAAAGAUGCAGCUGAAUGCCAACAGCGUGAAGGCCUUGGAGCACAAGCAAUUCAUCAGCACUCUCAUUCAGGUGCUCUCUUCAAGCUCUCCUGCCCACAAAACUGCAUGUCUCGAGUGCAUCAAGAAGCUCUCCAACCAUCCGGAGAUGGCAAACCAGUUUCUGGCGGAACCUGCUACAAUCCCAGCCUUGUUAAAUCUAAUUUCCAACCCUAGCUCCAACUCUCACUGGCAGAACAUGGCCGCAGGGAUCCUCACCCCCAUGGUAGAAUCCAGCCAGCUCUCUGAUUUUCACAGCAAUCCAAACAUGGAGGAACUGCAAUCACAGCACAAUAUCAGCGUCUUCCUGCACCUCGCAGCAUCUUCCACUCCUCAAAUUCAGGCCCAGUUCCUGCACCUACUACUAGCAAUCUGCAAUAUAUCUGAGAUGGCAUGUGACCAGCUACGGUCGGAUGAUAACGCUGUGGCCCAACUCUAUUCUUCCCUAAAUGGGAACCACGUAGACAUCAGCCAACAGGCACUUAAACUCCUACACUGCAUGGCUGAACACCAUCCAGCUGGAAUCCCACUUCCACCACCACCCACGAGGGAGUCUGCAGUCAACACACUAGUAACCAUCUUCAUCAGUUCACCAGAGGUUCACAACAAGUCCAUUGCUGCUGGAAUCAUCGGCCUGCUUCCUGCUGAUGAUGAUGCUAUUGACAAUAUACUCUGCAAGUCUGAAACCCUGAAAACCAUUCAUGAGGUGAUCUGCGCUGCAGAUGAAGGAAUCGAGGCAUUUUUUACCACCCCAGAUAGGCUGCUGCUGGAGAACGCUCUAGCAGCACUCGUACGUUUCACAAAACCCAACAAACCUGAGAUUCGGAAGCAACUGGGUGAGCUUGAGCUGUACCCAUUGCUUGUCCGCAUGCUAUCUACUGGCAGCUCAGUGGCGAAGAAGAGGACCGCAAUUGCCUUGGCCCACCUAUCCCAAUCCACCAUCCCAUCAACAGCAGAUGCAGCUGCCAUGUCCAUGACACCAGCUGACUCAGAGCCGAUGCCAUGGCUGAGGAAACUCCUGCCCAGCAUGUCUUGGUGCUGCUCCUCAUCCAUGGAAUGGCAAUGGAGCCCCUGCUCCAUCCAUGGCUCUGCCUGUUCAUCCAGGCACACCUUCUGCCUUGUCAGGGUGGACGCAGUAAGGCCACUGGUGCAGAUGCUGAGAGAGAUGGAAGCUGCUGAGGCUGCCAUCCUGGCCCUCGAGACCCUGCUCAAGGAUGACACAACUAUCUCAAGUGCGGCUGCAGUGAUCGUUGACAACCAAGGUGUGGAAGCCAUUCACGACCUGCUGGAGAGGGGACCCAUAUCCGCCAAGGACAAGGCCCUCGACCUCUUCGAAAAGAUCUCCAAGCACGUGAAGAUCACAGGGCAACAGUUUCGCCGCUCGGAGAGGAUCCUCAUGCAACUCCUCCUGGACGACACACUCAAGAAGAAGGCUGCAUUGGUGCUCAGUCAUAAUGAAGUCAUCUCAAAGCAGUCUUCCUUCUUCUGAAUUUCCCGCCACCUGACAUUGGCGGCGGGUUUGUGUUUGGCCCUGAUAGCAGUCGAGUGAUGGGUCAUGGUUUUUUUUAACCCUGACAUCGACUGCCUGCCAAGGUUAUUGGACAACUAAAAGGAUUCCCAAGGCCCUAACACUCCAGACUGGUCUGGAGAUGUGUUUUGAUGUCCUGGUUCUGUGGUACCUAUCAAUUUCCAUCAGGCAUUUUGCAAAUGGGAGACCACGGAUAGAAUAAAGAUGAAUGUGGACAGAUUAAUCGCUUAAUAUUUAUGAUUUAUUAGAAUCAAAGAAGAUGGACAAAAAUUGAAUAUCAGUGGGGGAUGUACAGGGGAGCUUUUUUCUGCUUUUUUCAGCCGAGGAGAAAGUUAAAUAUGUCUCUCAAUGAGAUUAUUCCUUGUACACGAUUGCUGCCAGCUUCGAUGACAAUGAGCCGCCGCACCGCUGAAAAAUGGGAGCAGAGGUUAUUUUUUAAUACAAAAGGCUCAAAUA